UCUGUGUGAAUAUAUAAACCAACACUAGUGCAGUGCUUUUACAACAAUAUUAUACAAUCGUACGAAAAAGUUGUAAAAAUACGAACUUUUGCGAAUAGAUAAACAAUUGCGUACUACAUUUGGGUCAAAACAACAACAACACUAACGACAACAAUGAAUCUACAAGGUUUCGAUAAACUUGCAACAAACCUAGAAAUAAUGCAAUCGAUUUUUCAACAUUUAAACUUUGAGGAACAAUUAAGACUAGCGCAAGUUUCUCAGCAAUUGAAAUAUAUCUUUAGGAAUUUUAUAUGGAAAGUUGAUUAUGCGAAAAUUUGCAUUAUUAAACAUCCUCCAAAUUUUCAUGUAAAAAAUGAAACUGAUUUAAAUAAAUUGAAAUUAACAGCUACAGAAUUUGCAGAAUUUUUAAGGCACUAUGGUAACGAUAUAAAAGAACUUGAUGAGAAAUGUGAUCCUUGGUUAGAUAUAAGGAAAUUUCCCAAUCUGACCUCUUUAAGUUAUAGUAAUAUGACUUUAACUAAGCCACAAAUACAAUGUGUGGUGAGAUAUUGCAAAAACUUGGAGAAAUUUCGUAUGUAUACCUGCAGCAAUAAACAGAAAGAUAUGUUUGAAUUGGGUAGAGAUCUAGAGAUCAAAACUAUAUUGCAGAUGAAAAAAACUAACCUGGUUGUCUCUGGAGAGUUGCAUACAAUUACCCUUGAAAUAUAG